GGUCAUGGGGCAGGGGCUCUCCUCUUCCAAUCUAUAUAAGACCCUGCGUACGUCGGUGACAGCGUAGUGCGCGCAGUCUGCAGACAUGGUGAAGGCAAUCUGUGUACUGAAAGGUAACGGGCCGGUGCACGGCAUCGUCGGCUUCCACCAGGAUGGUGGUGAAGUAACUGUGAAGGGCACUAUCAACGGGCUGACAGAUGGGCUCCAUGGCUUCCAUAUCCAUGUUUAUGGAGAUAACACUAAUGGCUGUAUGAGUGCAGGGCCACACUUCAACCCACAUGGCAAGAGCCACGGAGCUCCAGAAGACGAGGAGAGGCAUGUUGGAGAUCUUGGAAACAUAACCUCCAAAGAUGGUGUUGCAGAAUUUGAGUUCAAGGAUAAGAUAAUUUCACUGGAAGGAGAACACAACAUCAUUGGUCGCACAGCGGUGGUCCAUGAGAAAGCAGAUGACUUGGGAAAAGGUGGUGACAAUGAGAGCAAGGUGACUGGCAACGCCGGUGGUCGCCUGGCUUGUGGAGUCAUCGGAAUCUGUCAGUAAACGCACAAGGAUCAAAGAUCUGCAUUGUUCAGCACCACUGCGGGAUAUCGGGGGAAACAAGCCUUCUGUCCUUAUAUGCAUCAUAGUUCUGUCAGUUUAGUUGGCAGCAUUCUCCAGUGCUGUCAGUGGCUGUGAUAUCAUGUUUUAUAUAAAACACUAUCAAUAAUG